GUUCUUCUUAACCUAAAAUGGCCACACGCUCGUCACGUGACCCGUCAAAGCCCAAAAGAGGAGGCGCUAUAAGACGGAAACAAAAAUAUACGCAGGUCCGGUCGGUUUCACCGGAAUCACUGUGCGGUUUUCUACGUCUGAGCUGCAAACAAACAAACGCAAAAGCUCGUUUCUCUGGUUUUUCCGCAUCGGAACCGUGAACUUGGAUAGUUUUCGGUAAACACCGAACAGAAGUUUUUGUCAACCCGAGAUGUGCAAUGAAACCCACUCAUAAAGGCGGGGAAACCCAACCGUUGGCCAUGAACAACGAACUGAACGUUCCUGCGGCCUCGUCCACAGCCGGGAUGUCUGGUCGGCUCCAGGACGGCAGCGGGAUGGAUUAUCGGGACUGGGUCCGGCGCAGCUAUCUAGAGCUGGUGACCUCCAACCAUCACUCGGUGCAGGCGCUCUCCUGGAGGAAGCUCUACCUGAGCAGGGCCAAGCUCAAAGCGUCCAGCCGCACAUCGGCUUUGCUGUCCGGCUUCGCCAUGGUAGCCAUGGUAGAGGUGCAGCUGGAGGUGCAGUACAACUACCCUCGUGCUCUGCUGGUGGGCUUCAGCGUGUGCACCACGGUGCUGGUGGCUGUUCACUUGUUCGCACUACUCAUCAGCACGUGUAUCCUGCCCAACGUGGAGGCAGUGAGCAACAUCCACAACCUGAACUCGGUGUGCGAGUCGCCGCAUGAGCGCAUGCACCACUACAUCGAGCUGGCCUGGGGCUUUUCUACGGCGCUCGGCAUCUUGCUCUUCCUCGCCGAGGUUGUGCUGCUCUGCUGGAUCAAGUUCCUGCCGGUGGACUCGGGGACCUUUCCUAAAUCAGGGGCAGAGGGUGUGCCGGGAUCAACGGCAUCCGUUCCUGAGCCGGGCUACAGUGGCUGGCAGGCGGCACUUGCCUCCACUAUAAUCAUGGUGCCCGUGGGGCUCAUCUUCGUCAUAUUCACUGUGCACUUCUAUCGCUCGCUGGUGCGCCACAAGACCAAUCGCCACGACCAGGAGAUCGAGGAGCUGCACAAGAUCAAGGUGCAGCUGGAUGGCCAUGAACGUGGCUUACAAGCAGUGUGAUCUUCAGGGAUUUUUUUUUUUUUUUUUUCUUUGCUUGUUUUUUGCAGCACCCUCUUUAUGCCUUUAACUUUGCUCAUUGUUGAAUUCUUUUCCUUUUUUAAAGCAAAUGCGACAGAGUCUUGUGUGGCUUGUUUACAGAAUUGCAGCAAGGGCUAAUUUUUUCUGCUUGUUUGGAUUUUUCUAAUGGUUUAAGUGUUUCUAUCAGCUUAUAGUGCCAUGCUUCAAGGCCCAGUUAAUGCUUUUAUAGGAUUAUUUUACUCUUUGGUUCCCAGGUUUGUUAGCUGUGUGGUGUUUAUACAGGGGUGGACAAAUCAUCGUUUCAUUACCUAGCCCAUUGGGUAAGUAAAAGUGCCAAUGUGCUGUCCUGCUUUCCUGAAAAAAUAAUUUGCCUAGACUGAAAAGUGGUAGCUGACACAAUGGCAAAUUAGCUAGUUAAGUGCAUCGAUACACAUUGAGAGAAGCAAAUGAGUAUACAGUCGUGUAGCACAUCAUCUUUACUCCCUCAGCAAGUCGUUGGCUGACGCUACGGUCACAAGAUCAUGCGUGAAAGAUUUUAUUUGUGUCUCUCAGUAUGUUUAAAACCAAUGCAACGCGAACAUGCCAUCUGCUUGUCCUGGGUCACUAAUUCGUCCACCCCUGUUUGUUGGGUAUGCCAAAAAUUUAUGCUAGAAUACGUAUGGAUACAAAUGACCCAGGAGUUAGUUAUUAGAAGCUAUGUAGGCUGAUAUGACAAAGUGUGCCGGCUAUGCAGCAGCGAUAAAUCAUGUCUGUGUAUCAUCAGAGCUUCCACUCCUUGGUUUUUAUUAUUUAUUUAUUUUUCAAUGAUGUAGUGUUGCGUAAUUUUUAUACCAAGGAGUCGAGACUCUUCACUCUUACAACCUGAUGUUACAGUUCAUGCGUCUUUAAAAUUAUUCAAAAGUACCAUUUAAUAACCACCACUACUCUAACAGUCUUAAGCUCUUAACAGUUACAGCUCUGUUUAUAUAUAUAAAAAACAAAAAAAACAAAAAAAACACACACAUUUCAGUAUUUAUAAGCAGCCAGUUUGGAAGCACAAACCAGAAUCUUAGUGUCGUUAGGCUUUCCAGUGUGUGUGUCAGUUUGCAUUAUAGAUGGUUUACAUUAGGAAAUGGUUGAGCAUUUGUACCUGGCAUUUUUUUAUAUAUAUAAAAUAUAUAUGAGUGAACAAUCCCAUAUUAAACUGGUGCCAUCACUUAGGAGACGCAAGUGGACCGUACGAGACUAGGCUGAUCUUCGUGCAGCAAGCUCAAGAUGCUUCCUCUGAACUUUCGCAUGCUGUUUAUGUAACAGGAACACACGAGGACAACAUUCCAAAGUGUUUUGACCAACAAAUGCCUGCCUUAUCUCAAAUACAAGACAUGAAAGUGCACUUGUAGCCUAGCAGGAUUCAGAGUCGUAUUUCAUAAAAGGUUUUUACGACAAAGCUGUGUUACAACUUUUAGGUCUAAUGCAAAUACGUGCGUGGGGUCGUGUUUAUCAAUGCACAAACUAAUAUUUACGUACUCUAUCCGUUGAUAUGAAAAUUCUAAUAAUCACUUGGGUGUCCACGUAGUGCCAUCGGCCCUGAAGAGGAACCCUUGACCAAAAUAAACAUCACAAAAUAAAUGUCUUGUAGACUUAAGAAAAGCAUGUCACUCUACUCUGUGUGGGCAACAUGAUAAAUGAUUGUGUGAUGAUGGACUUCUUGUCAAAGUAGACACACACUCUUUUUGUGCACAACCUAUAACCAAGAGAAAUGUUUUGUCGUGUCGCAUGUCUGUUUUACAUUGUCAACAAACUUGUGUAUGUUAAUUUAUGUCAAAUAAACCCGUUAUUUUGUUUACUU